AUGUCUUUCCUCUAUCCAGCACUUACCAUUCUGACUGUAUUCCUUUUCCUUCUCAAUCAAUAUUCUCGGCGAAUCGCUCGAAAACCGCGAAUUCACGCAAAAGAGGGAAAACUUAAAGAUUUCAUUUUGGAAAAUCUAUCGAUUAUUCAUAAGAUUUAUUACCCAUGCUGGUGGUGUCCAUGGGGAAUCCCGCAAACGCUAUUCCGGGUAUUAUUGAGACGCCUCCCUAAAUUAGCAUUCGAACGGGAGAUUGUCGAUUUGUCCGAUGGUGGAUGUUUGGCGAUUGAUUGGUUGAAUCCAAAGAAUAAUCAACAACAAGCACCAAUUAUCAUUAUGUUGCCUGGAAUGACAAGUUCCACUCAUGACUGUGCCUACAUUCUCUAUUCGGCCAAGUUAGCCAAUCGAAAAGGCUAUCGGGUAGUUGUUGUAAAUCCUCGAGGAUUGGGUGGGAUCCCGUUGAAAACCGCUCGAACAUACAAUCCAUCGAAAACAGAUGAUCUCGAUAUUGUUGUAAAGCUAAUAAACGAGAGAUUUCCAACGGCGAGGAAACUUGGUGUGGGUUUCAGUCUUGGUGGGAUGAGUCUAUUCAACUAUUUGGUCUCAAAAUGCAAGAACACAGUUGGCCUUUCCGCUGCAAUGAUUAUUUCAUCACCAUGGGAUCCAAUCGAAGCUUCGUUUGUGAAUGAACAGUUCUGGUCGAGAAUCCUUUUCAAUAAAUUUCUCUCAAAAGUGCUCAGAGAUUAUGUAAAACCGUACAAGCAUUUAUUUGAAGAUAAAUUCGAUUGGGAACGAGCGAUGUCCUUGAAAAGUGUUCGGGAAUACGAUCAUUUUGUGACAGCUCCCCUUUUUGGACACAAUGAUUGGGCUGAAUAUUAUCAUCAAGCUGCUCUCUAUCAUCACCACAAGAUCCACUCAAUUCCCAUUCCAACGCUUUGUCUAAACGCGAAAGACGAUUGCUUUUCCCCGUUGAGUAGUAUUCCAUUUGAAGAGCUAAAAAAGACGAAAAAUCUGAUCUCAAUCACAACAAAACAUGGCGGACAUUUGGCUUUUAUGCGAAGCGGGAAUCCGUCUUCGAUUGGAUUGGAUGAGCUUGUUCUUUCCCAAUAUUCGGAUGCCAUUUUCGGGGAAACAUUCAUCGAUUCAUCGCUAUUUCAU